CUAAUGUUAUACAUGUUUAUUUCAAGUUGGAGAAGGUGUUUCACUGGGCCUUGGUGGAGAUUUUAUGAUGGAUACAACAUUUGGAGAACUUCCUAACCCCCUGUUAACCAUGGCAACUAAUAAUCAACCAUCUUCUCUUACGUCAUCGCAAACGUCGACCACGAACACGGCACAAUCGUCAGCUCAUACCACAUCCUCUACCUCAUCCACUGAUCCUAAUCAAAAGUACAUGCUGCAAAAUGAGGACUUCACUGCUCUUGGUAAUGUUGGACAUCAUGUUCGAGUUCCAAUCCCAAAUAAUCCACCUACAAUUGACUUGUCUUCGAGUUCAGGUUCGUCUGCUGCACAUACACCAUCUCUUGAUGGAACAAUAACUAUUGAUCCGACGGAUAUCAUCGGUGUUGCAGAUAUGAAUCAAAUUGGUCCUGACGGUAACCCUUCUUUCUUUAGCUUCAAUCCUGGUACUGGACAUGCAUCUGAAAUUUCAGCUUUGCAGUCUGCUCUACAAGGUACAGCCGUAGACAUGAGUAGCUUUUUACCUCCUCCAUUUGAUACUCCAUCUUCCAUUACAAAUAUGUUUCCUUCUAGUUCCGGCACAAGCUCAAGUACAUCAUCCACGUCAAGCACGCAAGAAAGUACAAAUUUUGAUAUAAUGUUAGAAGCCGGACCGUCUUCAAUGACAUUUGCAAAUAAUUCCGCUAUAGAUUUUCAUGGAACAGGAACAACUUCAGGCAGAGAUUACCCUUCUGAAUUUAAUUCUGCUGGAAGCAAUACGAAUCGUGAUUCAAUAUUUUCUACCAUGACAUCAAGCCAGAAUACACAAACAACAAAUGAACAAACAAUGUAUGACACACUUAUUGAUACCGGAAGUAGCAAACCAACGACACAAGGAAAGUCUACAAUUGGAAGUGGUAGUCAAUUUGAAAAUACUUUUAAUAACAACAUCAUUGGUAUGCCGUCAAUAUUUAUUACUAGCAAACCGACAGUGUCUGGGCUUCCAAAAAGUAUUUCGGGGGGAGUAAAUAUCAGUGAACAAUCAAUGACGACUUCAAAUGAACAAUCGAUGCUAAGUACAAGCGCGUUGACAGGAGGAGACCGGAUAAACACAAACACACAGUCAACAGGAAAUAUGAAUGAACAAUCAAUGUUUGGGACUAAUUCUAAUACCAAAGUCAUUAACUCUAAUGAACGGGGAAUGUUUGAUUCGAGUGUUAAUUCAAUAAACUUAAAUUCAAAUAAACAAUCACUGAUGGAUACAAGUGGAAAUUCAAAAAGCAUUAACUCAAAUGAUCAAUCAAUGUUUGGAGUCGGUACCACAGGAGGUUUAAGUUCAAACAUACAAUCAAAUCAGAAUGUAAAUGAGCAAUCUAUGUUUAGCACAGGAAACAGUAUAAGUGGUAUGAAUUCAAACGAGCAUUCAAUGUUUGGUACAAUCAGUCCAACAUUAGGCAUUGGUGCAAGGGUUGGAUUGAACAGCAACAAUAACGAGCAAUCAAUGUUCGGUACAGGACAAUUUAUAGAUAGCAGUAGUACAAAUAUGCAUUCCUUGAAUGGUCAAACAAUUCCAGAUACAGCUAGAACAACAAUAGGCAUUAAUUCAAUAGGAGAACCAACUGUAAGCAUCAGUGCAAUCUUAAAUCAGGACAACAAAGCGAAUAAUAUCGGUGCAAAUCAUGAGUUAAAAACGACAAUACCAAAUACUGUAAAUAUGAAUUCGAAAGAUACCGUAUUUAAUACUGCAGGAAAUACAAAAAGUCCAUCUACAUUUACGACUGGAAUUACCAACACCAUUAACAAACAAUCGCAGACAAUUGUCGGAAAUAGGGCCAAAGAUACAUCUAGCCAAACAGACACAUUUACAAGUGGUCAGAAUAGCAAAUAUUCAUUGAUGGACGGCCAAACAAUCGGGAGAAUUACCCUUCCGUCAAUUAAUAACGAUAUUCAGUCUAGUAUCAAGGAAAAUAAUUUUCAGAGCACCAAUAAGAUAUCGACGGUACAGACAGAUAUACAUCCGCCAAGUAUCAUUCCAAAAACGGUAAUAACAAAUGACCAAAACCUAUCUGCAAAUGAACCUUCUUUCGUCAACGUUGAUUCCAGGAUUGGUAUAAGAACCGGCUCUUCAGACACUGGAAGCUCUAUAAACGGACUGUUAGGCACUGUUAAUAGUGACGGAGGUUCAAGUUUAAGCAGUUUUAAUAAUGUUAAUACGGGGUCUCAAUUAGGUGGCGGGGAGAAAUCGUAUUUAGUUUCAGGUACAGGGUUUAAUACGGCCACAGAUACAUUACUUGGUUCACCUAGAGUAGAUUCAAUUCAAUCUAUUAGCGAUAGAACAGCAAACAUUUUAGGAGUCUCUGACACAGUUGUUGAUAAUACAUUAAGUAAUAUUAAUGAUCAGCAGCUGUCCUUGCCGUUAGUCGACCCUAUGUUUUCUGUUGCUGAUUCAAAUAUAGCGACUGUAACAGAUACGGCAAAUCAAAACGAAUCUCAUUUGAAUGAGCUUAACACAUCAGGUAUAUAUCCUUUUGAGGGCAGUCUUACUGCAAUGGAUGCUACGCUGAGCGAAGGUAUACCAGCUACUUUGGAUAUGAGUAGUGUUUUACAUGGUAGAGAGCCUCUCCAUUUGGAGCCUCCUAUAAAUAUUAUGGGAGAGGUCGUUUCUGACAAAUCAAAAAUUAAAACAUCUGCUAGCAGUACUGGUAUUUUUGCUGUUGUUGGUGGUUCUGGUGCAGACUCUGUUAAUCCAAAGGGAGCUUUACAUCUUAAUUCUGGUGGGGGAACAUCUCUUAGCUCGACAUCAAAUUUGAGUUCGAGUGAUCGUACAUCAUCAAUUAUGAAAAAUGACCAUACAAGUUCUGGUGUAUCAUUUGUAAAUGGUGGUAGCAAUGCUAACACGUUGGCGAUAGACAAGGUUAAUCAAUAUGUUGGUCUUGAAUCUUUCAAGAACAAGCAGAAAUCUUCGAAAGAAAACCUUGAAAGUAAUACGGUGGGAAUUGACAAUCUAAGCUCUGCUGGUGUAAAAGUAUCAAAAAUGACUAAUAACAAUAACAGACUAACAACAAAUGAGCAGAAAAUAACUGAAGCUUCUAACUUAUCUAAUAAGCAUAAUAAAGAGCUUUCGGUUUUGGGAAAUAAUUAUAACAUUAAUACAUUUAAUACAGUUGACGCAUCAUCUAAUAUGGUAAAUAACAAAGAAAAUACUAUUACAGAUGGGGUUGGUAUAAGUAUGUCCGGUUUCAGUGGUGCUCCUUUAACUAACAUGGCUGGUGCUUUUACCGGAACAUCAAGAGGUGGCCUGACUGUGAAUGCGAAUGCUAUCAAUGAUCCGUCGUUAUCAUUAACAUCGGACACAACAGAGUUAAGUUCAAGCUCAAUUCAAGAAUCUUCAAGCGUGUCUGGCAGUAGUGACUUUCCUAGUGGAAGCUUUGUAAUUGGAGCGGGUCAACCAAACUCUAAAAUAAUAAAUGCAGGCAGUUUAGAGUCGUCAUCAACAUUUAACUCAAAUGUAGGUGGUAUUGCAUUGGGAUCUGAAAUGACUGGCCAGAAUUCAAAUAUUCAAAGUAUAUCUUUGCCUGACAGUGCUUUUAAAUCUAAUGAAAUGAUAAAUUUUGACCGAAUACAGCCCAGAACAGAAACUCCGAAACUUGUUAAAGUAGACAUGACAUCUUUCAUUCCACCUCCAUAUGAAGACCCAGCAAGCACCAUCUCUUUAAACACUCAAGAUAGAACUGUAUUAAAGGAAAGUGUAAGACCUCAGACAAUUAACUCAGUUACGCUAUCAGAAAAACAAAAUAGGCUCGAUCAAACACGAAACAAAUUUAAUCAAGUUUCCUUGGAAGUGCCACAAAACUCUUUACAUAUACAGGAUAAUCUUUUAAGCCAAGGGAAUUUUAACACAGAAAGAAUUAGUAAUGCAGCAUUACUAAAUAGAAUUGGCAACUUGCACAAUCAAGUAACUUCUAGUGAUGGUUCCACAAUUGUACGUCAAUUCAAUGAACAUGUAAAAAAUGAUGAAGCAGCUAGAAAUAUGGGCAUAUCUGGUAGUUCAUUGGUUAAUACAUUAAAUUCUUCUGGGGAGCAAUCAAACUUUGUUAGAUCGACCGAACAUUUCGGUAAGCCAGUAAGGCCAACAUUUUUAGCAGAAAAUUCUCAUAGGCAACACAAUGCAAAAAUCUCAUCUUUUAACUCUCAAUCGGCUCUUCCCUCAAUUGUUGUUGAUCGAGCAAUCUUCACCGAUUUGGGUAAAGAUACUAAUAUGAGAGCAAACGAGGUCGCUGUUGCACUUGAUAUUCACAGCGCUGCAAACCAGGGCUCAGGGCGCCUGUCGCCUGAACAAUUUACAUCUCAACCAAUUGUUGGAUCAAUUUUCGGCACUGUCGAAAAUUCUUCAUCAAAUUCUUUGACUCAAAGGUUUCUUGAAAAAUCAGGCAUUACUCGAGAGCCUGCUGUAGAUUUUAUGACAACGUUCCUACAGCAUUCUAAGCCAACUCGAACUCUGAAUCGUGGAAAUAAAAGCUUACAAAUUGUUCCUCUUGGUUCAGACAUGUCCAAUUUUAGUCCUAACACAGACAAAAUAAUCAUUGCAGGUCGUCAAAAUGAUGCACAAACCGUUGAUAAAUUUGGAGUCGCAGAUAUCUACACUAGGAAACAACAGCUAAAUCCAAGACAGUGGCAACAAUUAAUGGCAAAGGUUUCACAUGAGCCAAAUUCUAAACAAAACGGAAUAAAUGUAGGUUAUCUGACACAAAAUGUUAUAGGUACAGGUGAGACCAAGCCGUUAACGGGUAAAAUCAAUCAAGGAUCAAUUAUAUCUAGAAGAGGAAUGUCCGGUUUUACAAGUAACACAAACACCAGAAAUGUUGACAAGACUAACCAAAAUCUAAGACUUCCUUUGGCAAGGAAAAACAACCUCAGAUCAGCCACUUUAUUUGAAGCUCCAGGAAUGACUGGUCACAAGUCUGUUACAAUAAGAAAUUAUGUCCCUCGUUCUUCAAGACAACACUCAGCUAGACGUACUAUCAAUUCGAGGGUAAAUGGCGUGAACGAUAUUGGGCAACAAAGCCUCCAAGAGUUUGUAGGGACACAGGCCACUGCAGAGAAAACCUCGUCUUUUGCUAAUACUUUCAGACAAAAGCAGAAGACUGGUAUCGAAGGCGUUCCUGUUUUAAAUCGAAAUGGAAUUUCUGUCAACUCGGUUUCUCUUCCACUGAAAGAUCGUCUGAGUACUGAUCCACAGACACAGUCAAACGGUCAGCUUGGGGAAGCAGGUAAAAAAAUCCAAAAUGAAAUGAAUACAUUUAAGCUUGGAAGAUCUAUUCUUAUUUCCGAUGGGGUUAUCCCUGAAUUUACCGGACCUAAUUCAGUGCAACGUCUUCCAAUUGACACAAAUGAUUUACGAACUUUGUCUGCAAAUGGUAUGCGUCUAGGAGAGCCUUCCGUUUUGUCAAGUGCAGGUUCUUUGACAAGAGAACAGAUCAGCAACCAGCAGGCAAUGACUGAAUCAGCACAAUCAUCCACUGGAUCAAUUGAUCUUCAAGGUAAGUUUGACCGAAUUGGCAGAGUAGGAUCACUUAACAAUGUUAACAAUCGACAAUUUAAUCUUGGAUCACUUGAUUCGGAAAUGACCAGUAUUCUUCAAUCAAGAAUGAAUAAUGCCGGUACAAGACAGUCUAACAGUCACCAGACAGCAACUGGAUCUCUUUCAUCGGGUUUAGCAAAUAAUCGUCCUGUCAGCUUAGAGUCAAUCGAAACACAAUUGAGAAACAAUCAACUUAAUGGAAUAAGAACACCUGCUUCACUUAAUUCAGAUAUGUCAAACAAUCGUAUGUCUUCCUUGGGAUCUUUAGAAAGAAAUAGAAAUAAUCAAUUAAAUUUAAGAACUAUAGAUUCCCAAUUGCUGAACAAUCGUCCUUCUAGACUUGGCUCACUAGACUCGCAAAUUCUGAGCAAUAGACAAUCUGCAGAUAUGCAAUCUGAUUCACGAAAGUCAUCUACAGGUGAAAUAACCCUGCAAGAUAUUCAAGGUUCUGCAGUUGCAAGAGGAAUGGGCUCAAACAGGCAAGGUGCCUUAUUAUCAAAACGUCUAGGUAUAGCAAUAGGCGGAAAUCGAAAUAGUGAUUUAGGUGGUAAUUUGGUACAAGGCAAACGAAAUACUGGUCAAGGGCAGCAAAAUAUGGGAAUUGCAAUCAAUGGGAAUAUUAAUAAUGCAUUCAGCAUGAAUACUGACCAAUUUUCCAACACUGCAACAGGUUCAAUAGAAAGUGGUCAAACAUUUCAGGACAUAAGUUCAAACUCUGGCCGGACAGGUAUGUCAGCGACAAAUAUUGAACAGAGAAACUUAGACACUGCAACAAUUCUAGGUCUUAACAGCGCUCUUAAGAAACAACCAAUGGAAGCUACAUUAUUUACCUCUGGUAGUAGAUUUGCUGUAUUUGGUCGUGCUGGUGAUGUGAACGGUAAAUCUCUUGGAGCGUCGAUGCAGGCCAAACCGGUACCAGCACGUAGAAUGGGGGUAUUGGGGCCCAUCCAUGACUGUCGAUUUAAACCCGAUCCAACAAGCGAAUACUAUUUUGUAUAUAAAGACGGAAUAAACCAACACCGAUUUAGAUGUGCUCUUGGCAGUGCCUUCGAUGAGAUGACAUGCGAAUGUUCAAUUCGAGUAUCUGAUCACGGAGAUUGUCUUGAGGUUCACAUGGACUUUAAUAAUGGAGUUGUUGAGGACUCCUCUUUAAACCGAUUACCAAUAGGUAAUGAAAAUGUUGAAAUAACAAAUACUACAAGUGCAAUUGCGGGAAUUGCUUUAUUUGGAGGAGACGGCAAACUAACAAUCUGGAGAUACCAAAAUUAUGAUUUCAGGGAUCAUAUGAUGUUGAAAGUACAAUUUCGACCCGGUGUUGGGGGCGACAGAUUACAACCACUUAUCAGUAACUGUGAUUUAAAUACGCCGUCUGUAGCAAUAAUAUACGACAAUGUGUUGAACGAAGUUAUACUCAUGCUACAAACUGUAAACGAUACUGGGAAAGAAUUAAGAUUCAAAGUUAAUCCAGAUGAGUGGAAUGAUGUCACGUAUAUUUACGACGGUCAGGAGUUUAUUGGUAUAGUAAAUGGAGUUAGAAGAUAUGUUUCUAGAGAAAAUCCUCAUCUACUUGGUAUCAUAGGAGGGGAGAUUAAAUCUACGCCAGCACAAGGCUUGAUAGAAAUCCGAGAUGCUGCCCUCGAGUUGGGACACUGUCCAAUGUACGGAAAUUACCGUGGAGCUAUGGUUGACAUUCAAGUCUAUACGUGUAUUCCUAAAGAUUUCCGACUAGAAUAAAAGACAUUCACAAUACCUUAUCAUCGAAGAACUACACUAUAACUAUGGCUUACUUUAUAAAUACAAUGAUAUUCCUGGCCAAAACCAGGACUAUUACGAGUAAAACAAACAGAAGAACAAAAUUACUCCAAGUAGUAAAGCAUCAUAUCUACUGACCAAAAUUUCAUCUGAAAUGAAGACGACGAUGUCAGAACAAUAUGAGUGUAUCGGACGCCUGGUGAAGAAUUGCUAUUAUUUUUAUAUAAAAAACAACUAAAUAUAAAAUAUGGAUCUCAUUAAUAGGUAGAUCUACAAAACAAAUUUAGCAUAGGCAAUGUAUCUUAAGAAUAUCUGCCUGCACUGAGAAAUAUAAAAGCGAACAUAGAGAAAUAAACAUUUAGAAAUUUAGAAAUAAAUAGAGAAAUAAAAAUAGAGAAAUAUAGUUAUUAACAUUGUGAAAAACAUUGAGAGAAAAGCAUUGGAUAAUCAAGAAAUAAAUGUUGUGAAAAAGAAACAUUGAAUAACUUAGGUACAAGUACUUACAUUGAGAAAAAAACAUUGAAGAAGAUAGAAAUAAAUGUUGAAACGAGGGGAUGGGGACUAAAAUAAUAGGAAUUUAUAUUAUAAACAUUUUGGUGGAAGAUUCUUCCUCGUAUUAUUUAUAUAUUUCGAGAAAAACAUUUGCCAUUAUGUACAGACACAAAUCGCAUGAAAUGUACAUAAUUUGUCUCAUGUAAUUGUUCAUGACAUAUAUAUAAUUAUAUAAUUAUGUAAUAAAACAUUUGUUUAAAUGUA